AUGGCGGGGGUGAUGCUCUGCGAACCCACCGAGCUCUACAACAUCCUCAACCAGCACCGCCGCUUCCCCAGGCUGUCCGAGCCCAACUACCUCAUCCUGCUGGAUGCCCGCACUCUUCAUGAGUACAAUGAAAGCCACAUCAUUACAGCACGCAGGAUUGAACAGGAACUCGACAACUUCCAGCCGUACCCUGUAGAAAUACUGCCUGGAAAGUUAUACAUGGGCAAUUUCAAGCAGGCCUGCGACCAACAAAUUCAGAAAGAUUUGAAGAUCAAAGCACAAGUCAACAUUUCUGAACAGCCUGCAACGCUGUGGGCAGAAGAAGGCAAAUACCUCCAUAUAUCUGUUCCAGAUUCGCUUGAAGCAGAUCUUUUUUCUUCCUUUUCUACAAUUUGUCAUUUCAUUGACACCCAGCUGGAUCUCGGAGCAGUGCUGGUGUUCUCUAGCCUGGGGAUAAGCCGGAGCAGCACAGUAACCAUGGCCUAUCUUAUGCAUUCCUUCCAGUUUUCCCUGAAGAAAGCUUGGAACCACGUUCUGAAAUGCAAAACAAACGUGAGACCACACCGGGGCUUUGUGAAACAGCUUUCAGACUGGGAGGCUCAAAUCUAUGGGACCACCAUCACUGAUGUCUCUGAACCCAAUUACUGAGCAGGGGAAAGGAUGGUUCUUUGUCUGCCCCACUGCCUCCUCUGUAGGUAGAAAGUGAACUCAACUCUGUUGACAUUGCUGUUAUAUAAUGGAGUUGUUUUUAUCUUCAGCUUUAAUAAAUGGAGUCCAUAUUUGGAGCUAUUAGGGAUGCUGGUAAGGA